AUGGAGUCCUUCGACAUCACAAGCGCCCGGGAGCGCUUCCCCGCAUUGAAGCAAAACCAAGUGUUUUUUGAUAACGCCGGGGGAAGUCAGACUCUGGGAAGCGUGAUUGAUUCGAUCUUUAAGUAUCUCAGCGAGACAAAUGUUCAACUUGGCGGCUCCUAUGCGGUAGGGAAGAAGUCCACUGCCCUCUACACUGCCGGUUACGAGGCGGCUGCGAACUCCUCCACCACACAACUAUUCCGUAACCUCUCCUACGCGCUUAACUUCCCGGAAGGCUCAGAACUUAUCGUCUCCGCUAUUGAUCAUGAAGCAAAUAUUGCCUCGUGGGUAGACAUAGCUUCCCGCCAGAAACUCGUCGUAAAGUGGUGGCAACCUCAGUCCAAAGAGAACCCUAAGCUCCUAGCCUCAGACUUGCAGGAGCUACUCUCAGAGAAAACAGUGCUGGUCACUUGCACUCAUGCCUCAAACGUCCUCGGCACCAUUCACGACAUCAAAGCCAUAGCAGAUGCCGUCCAUACAAUUCCCGGGGCACUGCUAUGCGUAGAUGCUGUGGCCUAUGCACCACAUCGAGUUAUUGAUGUAAAGGCGCUUGGGGUAGACUUUUAUGCCUUUUCUUGGUACAAGGUAGGUUCAAACCUAGUUCCUAGUGAUGAGAUGUAUUUACCAGACCAGGUCUACGGUCCUCACAUCUCCAUGUUAUAUGCCUCUUCCCGCGGCCUUCAAGCCAUCAAGUCCCUCGGUCACUUCUUCAACCCCUCAGCUACUUUAGAAAACAAACUAGGCCUGGCGGGUGCUUCUUACGAACUCUUGGCUUCAAUUCCCUCCGUGGUCUCCUAUUUUGGUCCCAACCCGACAGACUCCUGGAUGGCGAUUGGAAAACAUGAGGGCGAGCUUCAAAGCCAGUUGUUAUCUUACUUAAAUGGCCGCCCAGAUGUAACUAUCUACGGUGAAAGAGACGCAGAUAUAAAGAAGAGGGUCAGCACGAUUAGUUUUACAGUGAAGGGAUGGAAGAGCCAAGAUGUAGUAGAAGGUGUGGAUAAGUUGAGUAACGGCGAGGUGGGUAUCCGGUGGGGUGCGUUUUAUAGUAAUCGGCUAGUGCAAGACCAUUUGGGAUUGGGGAGUGAUGGCAUCGUGAGAGUCUCGAUGGUGCAUUAUAAUACUUUGGAGGAAGUGAAGCAGUUGAUUGGAAUAUUUGAUCAGGUGCUUGGGAAGCAAUAG